CGUGGUAGAAAACGUGAAUGCAUAUAUAAACAAACGCAACGGCUACACUAACCUUGGGGGGGGGAAUAUCUUAAUCUGAAGUAAAUGGCCAUAAACCUUUGUCAACGCCCAAGCAGUACACACGAAGAAUGAUUUUAACGCGGUGCAGCUCCGUGCUCUGCAGGGCUCUGCGGUGUGCUGUGUCGCAGCGGCUUGUCAAUGCUUCUGCAGUGUCCCAAUUGGGUACCGUUUCCAGUCCGCUUAACAGAAAUGCACUGAGUGUCACGCAUUCGCCAGCCUGUUUUAUCGCCAGUGACUCAAUGCUGGGUCAGGUAGUCGGUGGCAACAGAAAAGAAAAGGAAGACAGCUUUGGCCACCAUCCACCUCCAGUCUCCACAAGUAAAGCUGAGCAGACCUUCUUGUUGAUAAACCGUACCGAUCAGCCAGAGAACGCCAAGGUGUUGAAAGUAGCCAUCAUUGGAACACCAAAUGCUGGGAAAUCAACUUUAUCUAAUCAGCUCCUGGGAAGAAAGGUGUUUCCAGUCUCCAAGAAGGUCCACACAACUCGGUCGCGGGCUCGGGGGAUCAUCACUGAACAAGACACGCAGCUGAUUUUGUUGGACACCCCUGGACUCACGAAUCCUCUUAAAGGAAAAAGGCAUCAACUGGAGAAAUCCCUGCUCUUGGACCCAUGGAGCUCGGUCCAGGAAGCUGGUUUAGUGCUGGUUCUAGUGGACGUCUCGGACCAGUGGACCCGCAACAGGCUGAGUUUUGAGGUGUUGCAGAGCCUUGCCAGAGCUCCAGAUAUCCCUGCUGUUCUUGUGCUGAAUAAGGUGGAUUUGUUAAAAAACAAAACCCUGCUUCUGGAUAUUACAGCAGAACUCACAGAAGGAACAGUAGGUGGAAAGAAACUCAAAAUCAGGACGCCUUUUAAAUCUGGGAAAAGAGACAAGAGAGCAGACUGCAAAGAACCUGAGCUGGGACCAAAACAGCCUGUACAGUGGGACAGCCUGGAGGACACUGCCAUGGACUCUGAGGGGCAGCUCAACGACCAGGCAGGGAACAGAGAGACAGCAAAGAGCAGGCAGGAAACUCAGGACCAGCUGAACAAAGAAACGCUGAAGGAACUGAAGGCCAAGGUUGGGUGGCCACAUUUCCGUGAGGUCUUCAUGCUGUCUGCAGUGAACGGGGAAGAAGUAGAAACACUUAAGCGUUACCUGGUAACUAUGGCUCAGCCAGGCUGCUGGGAGUUCCACAGUGGAGUGCUGACGGACCAGGACCCCCACGAGAUCUGCAACAACAUCAUCCGGGAGAAACUCCUGGAGUACUUGCCACAGGAGGUGCCUUACAACGUGGUCCAGAGCAUUGAGAUGUGGGAGGAGGGAGAGAACGGAGAGCUCAUAAUUCUUCAGAAACUGUACAUGAAAAAAGAAAGCCAUGUGAAAAUGCUGAUUGGACAAGGAGGUCAGCUGAUCGGCAGGAUAGCCCGGGAGGCUGGAGAAGACCUGAUGAAUGUGUUCCUGUGCGACGUCAAGUUAAAAAUCUCAGUCAAAGUGAAGAAACAGUAAACGCUUUCCGUGACGAGGUUUUUUGUAUCUUAAAAGGGGUCUAAUAAUGGCUGUAAAAUAACACUGGAAAACCAAGUUUUUCUGAAAACGCUCAUGUGCUAAUGAGGCAGUUCGUAAAAGUUAUUACCCCUGAAAGAGCACCCUCUGCUGGUCAAAUGGGGACGCUAAAUACAGGACCGCCCUGUCACACUGUUGCUCAACAGCGCAUUAUUACGGUUUGCAAUGUUGCAGCAUUUUUUUUUUAACAUUGUAAUAUAUUGUUAAAUCAAUGCUGUUGUAUUCAAUUGAUUUAAUUAGUGACUGAUCUAAAUACUGCUGUCAUUUAUCACUAAAUAGGACCUUGCCCUCUGGCAUUUCACACAUUUCUACAGAUAAUAAAUCACAAAAGUAACACAUGUGCACUGUUAGAGGUUUGAUUUUCAUAACCUUGGUACAAAUUCGCUCAGCAGCAGCAUUUAGAUCUGCUGUUGGGUAGAUCUAUAUCCCAGUAUCUUUGUAAUGGAGUAAGAUCCAGUCCAAUUGUCUAGCCUACUGUUUAUGAAUACAAAUUAAGGCACUUGCUGCCAUCAGAGGAGGAAAGAAGGUUUAAUAGAGAGCUGGUUAUAAUAGAGACGAUCUUUGAUCUCCAGUUUGCAAAGAACUCGCCUAGAGAGUGAGCUUUUUUUAAUCAAGCUUGGACUUUAAUCUGAUUUCAGUUGAUUAGGUGUACUGUACUCCAUUUAGCUUGUCAGCAGCUAGUCAUUUAAGAACCUGCUUAAUUGGUUUCUAUUUAAAAUGCUGCCUUUAGUGCUUGCAAGGCAUGCAGCGCCCAGAGGGAGGAGGGUGGUGGAGGCUGGGAGAUCAUUCUGAAAGGUGGGUUUGGUUUAUCUCUUAUCUAGCAGACCUGGGGUUGAUCCUGGCAGUAAUAGCAUGCAAGGGGCUUGGGUGCCUGUAGAUAAAGCCAGGAAUGACGUGGAGACCGGGCCCCGCCUAUGAGCCCCCUCCUUGUUUUCAGAGCUUGCACAAGCUGAUAACUAGCUAGGGGUGGAAAACUAGAAUUCACUUUCCAGCACGGCAGGGCUCCCCCCCCACCCCAUGCUAUCAAGGUCAUCCUGGUAGCACAGCGGUCUAGUAGUCCAGUACAGCAAAGCCGUGUGUACAGUGUGCAGGCUGACAGAUUUAAUAAUAUCAAACAUUAGCUCCUAUCCAUCUUAUUAAACACUUGCAUUUCAAAAUUAAAGAAAGGUGUGCAGUCCCUUACACCACAUGAUGUUUCAGGGCAAAACAGGACGCCCGGGGGGGGGGGUCUUGGCUAGAGAACUAGCAAGAAACUGCGUCGGUGUAUGAUGCAGGACCAUCUGAUUUCACAUAGAGUAGUUUAUUUCAAAUUUUACCACCUGUUUUGUAACAUUUUGAACUGGGUACCCAGGCAAAUGCUUUGUGACUCUCAGGAGCUAGUUGUACAAAACAUUUGUGUUUUAUAUCUUUAACACACUUUAUGAUGAUUAAUGACACUUUAUUAAUGAAAUAACCUUUAAUGCAGUGCAAGUGCUUCCCCAGAUCCUGCUUGCCUCAUUUUAUGAAUUAGGGCAGAGAAUGGUUUAUCUUGCUUGUUUAGAUAUACAGCAGCUUAACCAGAAGAUGCCAGCCAGUGCUGGAGGGAGGGUAACACAGCACCACAGUGUAGUUUAUGCAGAGACACAUUCUCCUAACACCACUGUAGUGCUUUUGAUUAUAUUGGUUAUUUUUAAAGCAUUCUGUAAGUCUACCAAACAAAACCAACUCAUUUCAUUAAGUGGAUUGCAAUUUGAAGUAACGAUCUUUGAGAAUCUUAUAUUAUAAUAACUGGGGAAAAAAAAAAACAAUGCAGACGAAUUAUUGAAAUAUGAAACUUUAUUAUUUUGUUGUCCGGGUUCAAGAUUUUUAUUUUUUAAACAGACAUCAAUUAAAUAACUUAAUAAUGUGUUUCAAUGCCACUGUCGGUUAUGCUUAGUUAUAUGUAUUUUUUAUAACAUAGCUUUUUCAAAUGUAUAAAGAAUUCCUCCUGUGUGUUACCUGCAAAUAAACAGAAUGACAACAAA